AUGAAUAGCCUCCCCCCUGUGCCCAUUGUCUCGCUCACUGCAGAGCUUGCGGAGCGACUUCGCGAACAAGCGCUGGACGAAUCCGAUGCCCUACAGCAAUUUCGGGCUGCUCUUAAUCUCACCGAUGGCGGUAACCAAAUAGACGCUCUGGAACACUCUGUGGAAAAGUUGUUCGAGGUCUAUCACAAUAGCAUAGGAUUGAGUGUCUACGAGGACUAUCUCCCCGUUAUCUCCCGCUUCUUCGAGCCCACGUGCAGCAAGUCCUCGGUGGAGAACUUGAUGGCUCCUGGUCUUCCCAUCUUUAUUGCACACUCCUCAGGCACCUCCGGGGGCGCAGCAAAGUACUUCCCCAAAUACCGUCACCCAGACCACAUGUCAAGGGCGACGACUGAGACUGUCCGACUUGCCGACCCGCAGAGCAAGAGCGGAACGGGCAAGAAUUGUAUCAUGAUUUCCCUCGCAUACCGUCAGGUCGUGACUCCCCUUGAUGAAGAUGGAGACGUAGCCAAAUACAUACCUGUUUGCUUGCUGACGAGCGGUUUGGGCCGCAUAGAAAACAAUAUGCCUGUGGAGAGAGACUGCCUUUCUCUGCCACUCUCAAGGGUCUUUCCUAACUACUCGUCGCCCGCUGCUGUCUCUUUUAUCUCCCACUACAAAUCGUUCCUCUUCAUGCACGCUCUCUUUGCAUUGGUGGAACCCAAACUCGAGACCAUCAAUACCAUAUUCACGACUUCAUUCCGGGAUUUAUGUCGCACGGUUGACGAUCAUUGGGAGGAUCUUGUUCACUGCAUCGAAACGGGCGUCAUACCCGAUAUAGACGGAAUCGAGGCCGUGAAGGAUAAUCUUCAGGUUCGUCUCUGCGACGGCAGUGCCAAAGGCCAUCACCUCGUUUCCUUCAGCCCAACCCAAGGUCGUGCCGAGGAGUUGCGCAGGAUUGGAAAGGCAACUGAUACCCCUGGAUGGUUCAAACAGAUUUGGCCACAACUACAUGCAAUUCUGGCAAAUGCAAGUGGUCCAUUUGCUACAGUCAUCCCAGAGAUCCGGCAUUACAUUGGUCCCGAGGACCUUAACCUGUACAAGCUUGUGGGUUCCGACGACGUCAUCGAGUUCCUACCUGUGGACGACCCGGAGGAAUACAAAUACCUCACUCAAUCUUGGAACGUCGAAUCGGGAAAGAAAUAUGAAGUAGUUCUGACAACGAGAGAUGGAUUCUGGCGGUAUCGCCUUGGCGAUGUCGUUGAGAUCGCGGGAUUCGACCCUCGCGAUGGACAACCCCUUAUCAGGUACAUCGAGCGGCGAAACAUGCACAUCCGCCUUGCAAACGAGGUGACAACAGAAACGCAGCUGCGCCAAGUCGUCGAUGCAACGUCAGACUUGUUUGGAAGAGUUUCAGAGUUCUGCGUUUCCCCUGACUACCGUCAGGCUGUUGCUCGGUAUGCAUUCAUUGUAGAAUUACAAGGAAAUCCUGGCGCGAACAUUUCUGUGGUACCCGAGGCCUUGCAUGACCAACUGCAGAAACACAACGAGAAUUACCUGAAAGAUAGCCGAAUAGGAAAAAUCGGCGUACCCUGCGUUCGGGUAGUUGGACCUGGGACAGUUCGGCUGACUUCAGAGAGUGGAAGGUCAAGACGAAGGGUACUGCCUCUGGACAAGUUAAGGUGCCCUGUUGUGGUCUGGGGCGAGGCCGACCGUGCAUGGCUUGGAAGAACAGGUUAUGUAUGAUAUCUGAUGGAGCGUGAAACGAGG